AUGCCGCCUCGCAAUCGCGAUGAGGCCGAUGCCCAGCUCAAUUCUCUGCUACGCGAACGAGGUCUGUACUCGAGCGAUGGCACACAUGAUGGCUUCAAGCACGGUAUAAUCCACCGGUCCCUUCAGAUUCUCUCACAGCAGCUGUACAGCACAGAGACUCGCUUCAUUCACGAGGUUAUCCAAAACGCCGAUGACAACGCAUAUGGCAAAAGCACUGCUCAUGGCUCGCUCCCCAGCUUCUCAUUGAGGCUAAAGAGCAAAGACACUAGCAACGACACUGAGAAGUACACGCUCGAGACCAGCUGCAACGAAGAUGGGUUUUCCAUUGCGCAGAUCGCUGCCUUGACCGACAUUGGAGCUAGCACCAAGACAAAGUGCAAGGAUGUACAUGGAGGGUUUACUGGGGAGAAGGGUGUUGGCUUCAAGGCCGUCUUUCGUGUCGCCGAUGCUGUUUACAUCACCAGUGGCCAUUACAACUUCAAGCUCGACAACAGCCAGGACAUGAUCGGAGCCCUGCGACCGAUCCCUUGCUCUUACCCAGCACCCAAGGGCACCUUAAACUACACAAGAAUGAUGAUCGAGCUGAAAAGCCAAGGAGAUUUCGAGUCGAUCGAAAGAGAUCUGGAAAAGGUUCAGCCCGAAAUUCUCCUUUUCCUCCGCCGUUUGAGGCGAAUUUCGGUGCACACAGCAACAUGCAACACAACAUUCACCGUAGCACACAACGACGACGACGAGGAGUAUCAGGGCGAAAUGAAAACGGUAACAGUGCAAAGCACCACCGAAAAGAGGAGAAAAAAGACCCGAUACAUCUUCGUUCGGAGAAUAGUCGACGAUAUGCCGGUGGAACCUCGAAGGGAAAACAUUGUGACGUCUGAAAUCGUUCUUGCUUUUCCAUUGCAUAACGAUGGAAGCCUCAUACUCGAGCCGCAACAUGUUUUUGCUUUCCUUCCAAUUAACCAAUAUGGUUUUCGGGCAAGUCCCUGCCCAUUUCUCAUUCAGGGCGAUUUUGUUCUUACGGCAAGCCGAGAAAGUCUUGCUCCUACUGCUUGGAAUGAAAAGCUCCAAGAAGCCAUUCCUAGCGCUUUCGAGGCGGCCGUCCACAGAUUCAACAACAUCGAGGGCGGCCUGCGUUAUGUUUGGCCGCAGUAUCUAGAACGGUUGCCGACUGGGAUUGCAUUCGGCAAAGAUCUCCGGGCCAAACUCGUCAAGCACCUUGGAUCUUGUCAAAUUCUCCAAAGUCGUGCCGGCCUCACUUCAUUCCAAAAGCCCGGGGAUCUGGUAUUUGUUCCACCAGAAUUCUGCUUGGAUGGGGAGCCUUUGAUCGAGUCUCAGCGGCUGCAGGAGCAGCUUCUGGCUUUGGAGUAUGCACCUAACGGAAAACUGCCUUCGAGUCUUGAAUCCCUCGGUGUAGAAGUGAUGAACGAUGAACGGUUCGUCAUACAAUUCCACUAA